CAAGUUCAGUUGGAAGUCAUACAAAAUAAACGUGUUAGUGUCAGUUAUCGCGCCAUUAAACAAAUAAAAAUAAAUUAAAUAAACAGUGGCACACAGCUAUCGGAACGCAAGAUGAUUGAGCGUGAAGUCAUACACACAAACAAAGUAUCGAAACGCAUCAUGGACGUUGUUCAGGACGUAAGCGAAUUCUUUGUGGUAUUCGUAAAAAUACUUUUAGAAUUAUUGCAACGCCUUUUCGAAAAGAUGAUGAACAAAAAACUAAAAGACAUAAGCGGUGAAAUUAUAUUGAUAACAGGCGCUGGACAUGGUAUUGGACGUGAAUUGGCCUUGCAUUACACCGCCUGGGGUAGUGUAGUAGUGUGUGUGGACAUAAAUGAGAAGAACAAUGAAGAGACACUGAAGAAAGCUAAACGACUUAUGCAGAACUCCGUCUACGCGUAUACCUGUGAUGUUUCCGAUCGCGAAGCCGUUCUGAAGCUAGCCGCCAAAGUAGAAGCCGAAGUGGGACGUGUUUCGGUGUUGGUGAACAAUGUCGGUAUUAUGCCAACACAUCCGUUGGAACAACAUACAGCCGAGGAGAUAAAGCGCGUUUUCGAUAUAAAUGUAUUAUCACAUUUCUGGACACUCGAAGCAUUUCUGCCGCAAAUGAAGCAACAGGGACGUGGCCAUAUUAUCUGCAUUUCCUCGAUUGCUGGCAUUGUCGGACUGACCAAUUUGGUGCCAUACUGUGCUACAAAGUAUGCGGUACGUGGCAUGAUGGAGGCGCUGCAUGAGGAGAUACGCGAUGGACCCUACAAAGAUUUUAUAAAACUCACCGUUGUUUAUCCCUAUAUGACCAACACUGGCCUUUGUAAACGUCCGAAAGUCAAAUUUCCCUCAAUGCUUGGUCUUCUAGAUCCCAAGGAGGUGGCCAAGCAUAUAGUUGAGGCGCAUCGCUCUAAUGUCAAUGAAACCACAAUACCAACUAGUCUUCUGCAUAUCAACAAUUGGUGUCGCCUACUGCCGUUACGUUGCGGUCUCUUGUUGAAGGAUUAUAUAGACAGCGGGGUAGAGUCGGAUCUGUGAGUGUAGGCGUUGCUGCGAGAACAAAUAAAUUUGUAAAGGACGUUUUUUUACUUGAUUUUAUAUUAUAUUUAGUAGUUGCGGUUGUUUGUUGUAAGAGUUU